GAUAGCAAAAUGGCGGCACACACGAAAGGUAGUUGUAUGGACAUGUGUCCGACGAAAGAGAGACAUUGGAGAGAAAAACAGGGUUUACUUCAUCAGUUUGAAGUAUGCAAAGGAACAGAACAUUUACAAAGGCCUAAAGCGGACAGUAAAAAAACAGUUAAAGAAUUCAAAAGAUCAGCAGCGGGUCAGAGGACACCGAAACCAGAAGACUUACGACCAUUUCCUGUACUUUUGGUGACUGUUGAUUAUUUAUUGGAAAAGUAUGGAUAAAUAUAUAUAAUACAUUGGGAGUGUUAC